AUGCAUCAGUCUUUGGGUUUCCGCGACCAUCACCACCCGGACUAUGUCUGCCGUCUGAAGAAGUCCCUUUAUGGUCUGAAACAGGCGCCUCGUGCUUGGUAUCAGCGAUUUGCUGAUUAUGUUUCCUCUAUUGGAUUCCGGCACAGCACUUCCGAUCAUUCUCUUUUCAUCUUCCGGCAGGGUUCUGAUAUUGCCUACAUACUUCUCUAUGUUGAUGACAUCAUCCUGGUUGCAUCAUCGCAUGAUCUCCGCAAAUCCUUUAUGGCACUUCUUGCAUCCGAGUUUGCUAUGAAGGAUCUUGGUCCUCUGAGUUACUUUCUUGGCAUCGCUGUCACUAGACAUGCAGGUGGCCUUUUCCUCAGUCAGAGCACUUAUGCUACUGAGAUUAUUGCUCGCGCCGGCAUGGCCUCAUGCAACCCUUCUGCUACACCGGUUGACACCAAGCAGAAGCUCAGUUCUUCCUCUGGGACUCCUUGUGAGGAUGCCACCCUAUAUCGGAGUCUUGCUGGUGCCCUACAGUACCUCACAUUUACUCGUCCUGACAUUUCCUAUGUUGUUCAGCAGGUUUGCUUACAUAUGCAUGCACCCCACACCGAGCACAUGCUUGCCCUCAAGCGGGUUCUUCGCUAUGUUCGUGGCACAUUGACUUAUGGACUACAUUUGUAUCCCUCCCCGGUUGAAAAGCUUGUUUCUUACACUGAUGCUGACUGGGGGGGCUGUCCUGACACCAGACGCUCCACUUCUGGUUACUGUGUUUUCCUCGAGUCUUCCAUUGUUCUCUCAGCUGCAAACGAGCGGCGCAAAUGGUGA